AUGAUGCCUCUCCGACCGUCAAGGACUGCUCUGCGCGCCAUCCACCUCCAGAGGCAUGUGGCCUCUAGUCGUCGGUCCUUCACCACUUCCUUGGUGGCUUCGGCUGCGUCGCCCCACCGCUCCUCGCCUCAGAAGCGUGCUCAGAGUACCGCAACAGCUACGGCCAGUGACUCUAGGCCGGCCCCGAGCCCUGCUUUCAACCAAGAGCCUCAUCGCAAUGAAGUUUCUCCCCUCCAGAACCGUCAGCUCCCCGAGCUGGAUGACUCAAUGGUUGGUAUGAGUGGUGGUGAAAUCUUCCACGAAAUGAUGCUGCGUCUGGGCGUGAAACAAAUCUUUGGGUACCCCGGUGGCGCCAUUCUUCCCGUCUUCGAUGCCAUCUAUAACUCAAAGCACUUCGACUUUGUUCUCCCCAAGCACGAGCAAGGUGCCGGACACAUGGCUCAGGGCUACGCUCGUGCCUCUGGCAAGCCCGGUGUGGUUCUUGUCACCUCGGGUCCCGGUGCCACCAACGUGAUUACUCCCAUGCAAGACGCCUUGUCUGAUGGUACUCCUAUGGUCGUCUUCUGCGGUCAAGUUCCUACCAGCGCCAUCGGUACCGACUCUUUCCAGGAGGCCGAUGUCAUUGGCAUCUCGCGUGCCUGUACCAAGUGGAACGUCAUGGUCAAGUCUGUGGGUGAACUGCCUCGUCGCAUUCAGGAAGCUUUCGAGAUUGCCACCAGUGGCCGUCCCGGUCCCGUCCUGGUUGAUUUGCCCAAAGACGUCACCGCCGGUAUCCUCCGCAACCCCAUUCCCACACAAAGCACCAUCCCCUCGCUCCCUAGUGCUGCCACCGUCGCUGCCCGUGAACUGGGCAAGAAGCAGCUCGAGCAGACUAUCAGCCGUGUGGCUCGUCUUGUCAAUGUGGCUGAGAAGCCCGUCCUCUACGUUGGCCAGGGUCUCCUCGCACGUCCGGAUGGGCCGGAAAUUCUCAAGGAGUUUGCCGAAAAGGCCAAGAUCCCCGUCACCACAACUCUGCAGGGAUUGGGUGGUUUCGAUGAGCUGGACCCCAAGUCUCUGCAUAUGCUUGGCAUGCACGGUUCGGCCUACGCCAACAUGGCCAUGCAGGAGGCCGAUCUGAUCAUCGCUGUGGGCGCUCGAUUUGACGACCGUGUGACUGGCAGCAUUCCCAAAUUUGCUCCUCAGGCCAAGGCCGCGGCGGCGGAAGGCCGAGGCGGUAUCGUUCACUUCGAGAUCAUGCCCAAGAACAUCAACAAGGUCGUUCAGGCCACCGAGGCCGUUGAAGGCGACUGCGCCGACAACCUUCGCAUGCUGCUUCCGCACGUGAAUGCAGUUGCCGAGCGUCCCGAGUGGUUCGAGCAGAUCAACGACUGGAAGGCCCGCUUCCCACUGUCCCUCUAUGAGCGCCAAACUCCGGAGGCGACGAUCAAGCCCCAGGCCGUCAUUGAGAAGUUGAGCGACCUCACCGCUCACAUGAAGGACAAGACCAUCAUUACUACCGGUGUCGGUCAGCACCAGAUGUGGGCUGCUCAGCACUUCCGCUGGCGCCACCCUCGUACCAUGAUUACUUCCGGUGGUCUGGGUACUAUGGGCUUCGGUCUGCCCUCGGCCAUUGGUGCCAAGGUCGCUCGUCCAGACUGCCUGGUUGUGGACAUUGAUGGUGAUGCCUCUUUCAACAUGACCCUGACUGAGCUCUCGACUGCCGCUCAGUUCAACAUUGGCGUCAAGGUUCUCUUGAUGAACAACGAGGAGCAGGGCAUGGUCACUCAGUGGCAGAAUUUGUUCUAUGAGGAUCGCUACUCCCACACGCAUCAGCAAAACCCAGACUUUGUCCCUCUUGCCCGCUCUAUGCGCGUUGCUGCCGAGCGUGUCUCCAAGGCCUCUGAUUUGGAGGCCAAGCUCAAGUGGCUGAUUGAUCAGCCUGGCCCUGCUCUUCUCGAGGUGAUCACUGCUCGCAAGGUUCCUGUUCUCCCCAUGGUUCCUUCUGGUCGUGGUCUUCACGAAUUCCUGGUCUACGAUGAAGCCAAGGAAAUCGAGCGCAAGGCAAUGAUGAAGACACGCAAUGCUCCCACUGAGGUGAACAUGCGCGAGUAA